UAUUAGUCACGUUCCCUCAUGGAUUGGAUGACUCUCUUUCUUUGUAUUGUUUCCCAUUCCCCUCAGAAUUUGUGGCACACAUACAGUUUUCCCUUCUCUUUCUGGUUAACUUUCUCUCUCUCGGCCCCCUGUUUUUAUUCUCUUUCUCGUGAAUUAUUUUAUGGGUUUUUUUUGUUAAAAAAAUCUCCUCGAAAGGUUGCUGAAAAAGUAUUAUUUAAAAAAAAUAUUAUUCCUCCCUCUUCCUCCCUUUUGGGUUGUGUUCGUGCCAUAACGAAAGAGGAAGAACAUAGGAGAGAAAUCUAAUCAUAGCAUAGAAAAAGAGGCAUCCAGUGCAGCAAAUUCAGACGAUGAAUGGGGUCACACACCUUGAACCAGAUGACUCUGAGUUUGUUGAAGUUGAUCCAACUGGCAGAUAUGGCAGAUACAAUGAAAUCCUAGGAAAAGGAGCUUCAAAGACAGUAUAUAGGGCAUUUGAUGAGUAUCAAGGGAUUGAAGUUGCUUGGAACCAGGUCAAGCUGUAUGAUUUUCUGCAAAGUCCUGAAGAUCUUGAGAGGCUUUAUUGUGAAAUUCAUCUCCUGAAAACAUUGAAGCACAGGAACAUUAUGAAAUUCUACACUUCUUGGGUUGAUACUGCUAAUAGGAAUAUCAACUUCGUGACUGAAAUGUUCACCUCCGGUACACUUAGACAGUAUAGGCUAAAGCACAAGAGAGUUAACAUCAGAGCAGUGAAGCAUUGGUGUAGACAGAUCUUGAAUGGACUUCUCUAUCUUCAUAGUCACGAUCCCCCUGUGAUCCAUAGAGAUCUAAAAUGUGAUAACAUAUUUGUCAAUGGAAACCAAGGGGAAGUGAAGAUUGGGGAUCUUGGUUUGGCAGCAAUUCUCCGGAAAUCUCAUGCAGCUCAUUGUGUAGGGACGCCAGAGUUCAUGGCCCCUGAAGUAUAUGAAGAGGCGUAUAAUGAGCUAGUUGACAUCUAUUCCUUUGGGAUGUGCAUAUUAGAGAUGGUCACAUUCGAAUAUCCUUAUAGUGAAUGUACUCAUCCAGCUCAAAUCUAUAAGAAAGUUGUUUCUGGGAAAAAGCCAGAUGCUUUAUAUAGAGUGAAGGAUCCGGAGGUGCGACAAUUUGUUGAAAAAUGCUUGGCCACGGUGUCUCUUAGGCUUUCUGCAAGGGAGCUUCUAGAUGAUCCAUUUCUUCGAAUUGAUGAUUAUGAAUAUGAUACGAGAACUGUAGAAAAUGGAGAAUUGGAUGAAUUUGGUCCUCUCAUCAGACAGCCAUUCUUUGAUCUUCAUCGAAGCUACAGUAACUUCAGUAAUGAAUACUCAAAUGGCUUUGGGUAUGAAGGAGACUGGUGUCCUCAUCCGGCUGAGAUUGAACCAAGUGGAAUUGAACUUUUUGAGUACCAUGAUGAUGAACCCUCUGAAGAUGUUGACAUAAGCAUCAAGGGCAAGAGGAAAGAUGAUGGUGGCAUCUUUUUGAGACUAAGAAUUGCUGAUAAAGAAGGUCGCAUCCGAAAUAUUUAUUUCCCAUUUGACAUAGAGACGGACACAGCAAUAAGUGUGGCAACUGAAAUGGUUGCAGAGCUGGACAUUACUGAUCAGGAUGUUACCAGAAUAGCUGAUAUGAUUGAUGGGGAAAUUGCUUCCUUGGUACCUGAAUGGAGACCGGGACCAGGAAUUGACGAAACUCCCCGUUUUGCAAAUCAAGGUUUCUGUCACAAUUGUGUGUCUAAUCAUACUUCUAGCGGCUCUUUUUUGGAUUUUCUCUCACACAAUCCAGGUGACAAGAACCUGCAACUAGGGUGUUGUAGGCAUGGAUGUGCUUCAAUGCAUGGGCGCUUUGAGGAGAUUACCUUCCAAUCUGAAGAGUAUGACAACCAUGCUAGAGGGGAUCUGAACAUAUCAAGCCAGUUAGACAGCUUGCAGUAUCAGGAGUUAUGGAAUCAGCACGAAAGUCGUGAACUGAGUCCAGUAGAGUCUGAUCAAAGCCAUUCUGACGAACAAUGCGAACAAUUAGAUAAACUACUUCCAGCUAAGGAUAAAGAACAUGAUGUUUGGGAAAACAAGGUUUCAUUCAGUGCUGCAAAUUCUCGAAGAAAUUUAUCUGGAAGUCAUGACUUCUCUACUAUCCAAUCUGCCUACUGUGACCUAGGAGAUGACUAUGAGAAAGAGAUCCAAAAGGAACUCAGAUGGCUAAGAGCCAAGUACCAAAUGGAAUUAAGGGAUCAUAAGGACCGACAGUUUGAGCAAUCUUCACACAGUACUAACAAAGAGCACAAAACAGAAAAUGGCUUCUUGUCACCUUCACUGACAGAAACAUCAUUAAAAGAAGGUAACAAUGGGACUCAGAUGAAACCUCCUACUAAUAAGUGUCAUUAUGAUUCUAAUAACCACGCUCAUGUCCAUGAAAGCAGCCCCAAUUCGGACACCCAAAGGGCCCAAAAUUGUGAGGCGACAGAAUCCCCUGGCAAAGGUAUGGUUACUGCAAAGAGUUUUUAUACUGGCUCAUUGCUUCCACACUCUCUGCACAGGACAGUUUCCCUACCAGUUGAUGCUGUUGAUAUAUAAUUUUGUGAGGUACUCAUUGGAUUCUUUUGUAGAUUAUAUAUAAUAUAAAUUCCCCCAUAUAGAGGCUAUCCUAUUUCUACAUCAUUCCCACCUUUUUUUAUAGGAAUCUCAGUUUAUCAACAUGGAAAUCAGUAACUGCUAGCUAAAAUCCUUUUCCCACCCCCACAAAAGGCAUCAACAUACACUCGAGUGUUUAUUUAUCUAGGAUAAAGAAAAUCAGAUUUUGGUUACAAAUGUUAGUCAUCCUGAAUUUGAUAUUUGAGGCAUGUAAAAUAUGAAAACUGUAGAGUCUGUAAAUCUGUCCAAGUUUAUUUGUACUCCCUGGUAAUGAAAUAAGUAUUGAUAGACCUUUAGCUGUUUGC